AUGCUGGCCAAGGAGAAAGGCAAGGACAAGGACCGGCUGACGGCUUUGGCUGCCUGCUGGCGCAGCGCUGCAAAUUUCGACAUCAGCAUCGUGUCAGGCGACGGCACGGCGGUGGUCUCGGCGGCGCUGCGCGGCGAUGCGCGGCAGGUGGAAAUGGUCAAGCACUCGGUGUGUGCUUUGCGGGUCCUCCUGGAGCGUGCGCCCGGCAGUCCGGCACUGGAGAACUUCUCGCUGGCGAAGCAGGGCAAAGUGUUGAAGGCCAUCCUGCGGAAGGCGAAGAAGCUGGAGCUGCCGACCGAGGCAGAGAAAGAAGUGCCGUCCGCAGGCGAUGCCUCCAAAUGCCUGCGCCGCAGGGGUGAGGAGCUACUGGACCAGCUAGGCGCCGCCUGCCUGGCUGAGCUGCUUGGCUUCAAUCGCAAGACCCUGAGCGGCCUGGUGCGGCAUGCGGAGGAGGCCCGCUUCUUGCCAGGCCAACGGCUUUGA